AUGUGCGCUAAUGAGGCUGCAGUGAUGGGCACUGAUAGGCUGCACUGAUGGACACUGAUGGGCACUGAUGAGGAGACACUGAAUCAGGGGCGGACUGACAACUCAUGGGGCCCCCGGGCAAUAGGGGAUCAUGGGGCCGCUGUGUCCUUGCCCAAACUCAAAAAAGCCUAUGCAAAAGGUAUCAGGGGCAUCUCACGGGGCCCCCUAUUGACCCCGGGCCCUCAGGCAGUGCCUGAGUUUCCAAAUGGUCAGUCCGCCCCU